AUGUCUGAGCUGAGAUACGAUCCUGAGUGGUAUGAGCUUGCGAGUCCAGUUUUGGAGAGUGCGCGGAUGCGCGAAUCUCUUCCGCUUCACGAUAUUGAAGGCCGCAGAAAGAAGAUCGAGGCCAAGGUCAAAGCUAACCACUUCACGCUGCCCAAAGAUAUUGAGCAGACCAUCCAAUACACUUGCAGUCAGGACGGCCACGAGGUCCCCAUCUACCAUUACCGCAGGAAAAGCUUCGCAACCUCGCCCUCGCGCCCUGGCCCGACCAUUAUGCACAUCCAUGGCGGCGGUUACAACACCGUGAGCGUUACAGACAUCAUGCCCGACCUGGUGCCCUACGUCUCGGCUGGGGCCGAGAUUUGGUCCGUCGAAUAUCGUCUGGCCCCAGAACACCCGUUCCCCACACCCCUCGAGGACUGCUGGGCAGCGCUCUCAUGGCUACGAUCCAGCGCGACCAAGUUGGGCAUCGAUCCGAAGCGCAUCGCUUUGUUUGGCGAGAGCGCCGGAGGGGGCCUCGCCGCGGCCUUGGCGAUCAUGGCGCGGGACCGAGGCUUCUCGCCGCCUCUCGCCAGACAGAUCCUGAUUUACCCGAUGAUAGACGACCGGACGGAGACGGACCACACUGGAGGGCGCGACGUCUUCACUAUGGUCGACAGAGUCACGAGUUGGGCGUCCUAUCUCGGGGAUCUGCACAGAUCCGACACGGUGCCGCGGCAUGCGGCUGCGGCUCGGAUCAGGAAAGAGGAGGUCAAAGGCCUUCCUCCUAUGUAUAUCGAUGUGGGACAACUGGACAACUUUCUGUUUGAGGUGCUCGAUUAUGUGCAGAAGUUUGUCAAGGCUGGUGUCCCUGUCGAGUUCCAUUUGUAUGAGGGUGUGCCACAUGCAUUUCAUAUCUUUGCGCCAACGUCCAAAAUUGCUUGUCGGGCCUUCGACAACAGGUUAAAUGCGGUCUUGAAUAUUUAG